UGGAGAUAGGACUUCCUUCUGUCAGUGUGGCCCCUCCCCUGAUCUGCACGCACCGUGUCCUGUGUCUAUGUGUUGAUGAUAGUCAUAGGAAGGAUACCAGGAGCAGUACAUGCAGUAAGCUGUGUGCAGUAGUCAGAUCACAGUGAUCAGCGUGCCCUGGCAUCAUAUAAUCAGUUGAAGAGGCGGUGGAUCAGCCAUGUGCAGCUUCCUGUUUGUUAGACGUACAGCCAGACUCACAAGCAGCUCUGUGUGUAGCAGGGGGCUGAUCUCAUCGCUCUAUAACAGAGAUUUUUCCAAAAUGACUUCAGAGGCUCACCUUCUAACUCCUGAAGAAAGGACACACACUCUGCAACAACUGCAGUCUUUGGGGUGGAUUGAGGUCACUGCUAGAGAUGCUAUCUACAAAGAGUUUGCCUUCAAGACCUUCAACCAGGCCUUUGGAUUUAUGACUCGUGUGGCCCUGCAAGCAGAGAAAAUGAAUCACCACCCAGAAUGGUUUAAUGUGUACAACAAGGUUCAGAUAACUCUGACUACUCAUGACUGUGGAAAGUUGACCAAAAAAGAUGUGAAGCUUGCUCAGUUUAUCGAAAAAGCUGUAACUUCUUAACAAACAAUAAACUGUGUUUUUUUCAUUCUUGAAA